AUGAAGUCCCUACCCCAGAAGAUUGUUAUCUUGGCUGCACUGGUGUCGGCAGCUUUGGCAUACUCCUCUGAAUAUUUCAGUGCGUCGGCCUGUACGAAAGUUCGCCAACGAGUUCCAUGGACUUCCCUUACGAAGGAGGAAAAGAAGUCAUAUAUCCAAGCCGAUCUAUGUCUGAUGAAAGCCCCCUCCAAACUAGGUAUUCCUGGAGCUGUUACUAGAUGGGAUGAUAUUCAGUGGCCGCAUGUUGUUCAAACGGCUUCUGUCCACUUCGUUGGUGCAUUCCUGCCUUUCCACAGGUAUUACAUGACUGCGCAUGAGCGACUUAUCCGAGACGAAUGCGGUUAUACAGGCCGUUACCCUUACUGGGACGAACCUGCAGAUAUCGGCAAACUUGCUCAAUCUGAACUCUGGAGCGAUGAAUACUUCGGCGGCGACGGCACAGGGCCCGGUGGUUGCAUUGAGACUGGUCCCUUUGCCAACUUGACUCUUCGUUGGACACAAGACAAGCGAUCCGUUCCGCACUGCCUGGUUCGCAGAUUCAACGAACUAGCCCUCACUCUGGCUAGCAAUGCAAGUCGAGAGAGAUGCAAUGCCUUAGACAAUUUUGUCGAUGCCUGGAAUUGCCUGGAGGCCGGACCACAUGGCUCCGGUCAUGGCGCUGUGGGUGGUUUGAUGAGCGAUCCUACACUGAGCCCAGGCGAUCCUAUCUUCUACCUACACCACUCGUGGCUCGAUAAACUAUGGUGGGAGUGGCAGAAGGGAAAUAGCUCUAAGCGUCUCAGUGAUGUAGGCGGCCUCAAUACUCCUAGCUUUGGGAGUUUUCCCGGCGGCCCAUCAUCUGGGUUCCCCAAUGGAACAUUCCCAGGAUUCCCCGGUAAUGGUUCCUUCCCUGGAUUUCCUGGCAACGGUUCAUUCCCUGGCUUUCCUGGAAAUGGUUCAUUCCCAGGAUUGCCAGGCAAUGGUUCAUUCCCAGGUUUUCCUGGUAACGGCUCGUUUCCGGGGAUUCCUGGGUUUGGACUGGGCGGCGGCGGGCCUGAGUUCAGUGAGUAUUUUGGGGAUAACGGCAACUGGACGACUUUAAAUCACAGACUUUAUAUGGCCGAGAUAUUCCCGAAUAUCACCAUAGGCGAUGUUAUGAACGUGAAUGGGGAUGUGGUAUGCUCUGAGUAUCUAAAUGCCUAG